AUUUAGCAGACAGAGCCCCGUGAGACCCGGAAGCAGUCUGUCCGCCCCAUCCAACACGUGUGUCCCGUUUCCUGUGUCAGACACACCGGGCAGAGCAGGCAGUGACUCGGACAUGGGGGCCAGGAUCAGCCGCGUCUUCCGGGACUUCAACAUUGAAAACCGGGCACACCGGCUCAUCGGCAAGGACAAGGUCCGGGCGGCCCCUCCGCACCCCGGCACCAGGGAGGCUCAGCAAGCCCAGAUAGAGAAACAUCCAGAAAUACAGGAGGCAGUUUACAAAAAAGAUGAUAAACUCCUUUUGCGGUUGAAAGAAGUUUAUGUUGACUCUACAGAUCCUUCACUCCAGGUGAAGAGUGAAGAUGAGCCAUUGUCGGUUCAAGAGGAAUUCAGACUUCCUAAACUAACCAUGGGAAGCAAUCAGUUUUCUGUUGUGGAUGUGAAAGACAUUCCUAAGGGAAAGAUUUCUAUACUGGAGGCACUGACAGCUCUCCACAAUCACAAACAAAAUCCCCAAAUCUGGACCUCAGAAAAAAUAGCAAAGGAAUAUAACUUGGACAUUAAGGACUGCCAGUCUCUAUUGGAAUAUUUUAUUCCUUUUGAUAUGAAAAUCUUUCCACGACAAGACACCAAAGAUGUAACAGAAACAUGAUGAUGUUGUGUUUUCCCAUGUUUAUUUUUAAACAUUACUACAUGUACAGAAUAAUAUGAACCUAAAAUUA